CUCUUCCCCCUGCAUUGGGUGCUUCCUAUCUCUGGGCCCAGGGGAGGGGACGGGGUGCCCAGAGACCUGGUUCUAGUCUCACACAACCCGAUGCCUGUGUGGGCCUGGGCAGCCAGGCCACCUUGUGCUGGGCCUGUGUCCCCAUGUGUCCGGGCCAGGGGCCCAGGGCCUGCCCACUACUACAGUCCAGAGUCCUGUGUGACUGACAGCCCAAAGCCCGAGCCCACACACUUCCCGUUCUUGGGGCCAGCCCAGGCCUCCUCUCCUCAGCACCCCGGAGACGGAGACUGCCGAGUUCCUGGGUGAGGACCUCCAGCAGGUGGAGCAGCGGCUGGAGCCAGCCAAGCGAGCAGCCCACAAUGUCCACAAGCGACUGCAGGCCUGUCUGCAGGGCCAGAGCGGGUCGGAUAUGGACAAGCGGGUGCCCUUAGAAUGGAGCAGGCCCUCUCCACUGGGGCAAUCUGUGAGGGCUUCUUGAAGGAAGUGGCAUUAGAGCUGGAUUUUGAGCGAUACUCAGUGGUAUUCGUCAACAGCAGCGUUUAUGGACUGGUCACUGUUAGUGUGUUGCUAAGAUGUGUCAGUGCAGUGCCUUGCUCAAUGCUGACAAUGGAAGGAGGAGGCUGCUAAUUAAAGCUCGUGUGCAGAUGAGGAAAUGGAGACUUACAGAGGUAAAGAGGCUCACGCAAGGCCACCCAAGCUAAAGAAGCUUCCUCUCAUGGCUCUGUCCACUACGAUGGCCGAGAGCUUCAAGGAGCUUGACCCUGACUCCAGCAUGGGGAAGGCCUUGGAGAUGAGCUGUGCCAUUCAGAACCAGCUGGCUCGCAUCCUGGCCGAGUUUGAGAUGACCUUGGAGAGGGAUGUCCUGCAGCCACUCAACAGGCUGAGUGAGGNGGAGCUGCCAGCCAUCCUCAAGCACAAGAAAAGCCUGCAGAAGCUGGUGUCCGACUGGAAUACCCUCAAGAGCAGGCUCAGCCAGGCAGCUAAGAACUCAGGCAGCGGUCAGGGCCCGGGGGGAGGCCCAGGCAGUUACGGCCACACCGCCACGGCCAACAAGGUGGAGACAUUGAAGGAGGAAGAGGAGGAGCUGAAGAGGAAGGUGGAGCAGUGCAAGGACGAGUACUUGGCUGACCUGUACCACUUUGCCACCAAGGAGGACUCCUAUGCCAACUACUUCAUAAACCUCAUGGAGAUUCAGGCCGAUUACCACCGCAAGUCUCUGAGCUCGCUGGACACAGCCCUGGCCGAGCUGAAGGAGAACCACAGCCAAGCAGAGCCCUCCCCUUCGAUGACGGCCGCCCCCUUCUUCAGGGUGUAUGGGGUGUCACUGGGAGUUCACCUGCAAGAGCUGGGCCGUGACAUCGCCCUGCCCAUCGAGGCCUGCGUCCUGAUGCUGCUCUCUGAGGGCGUGAAGGAAGAGGGCCUGUUCCGUCUCGCCGCUGGGGCCUCGGUGCUGAAGCGCCUCAAGCAGACGAUGGCCUCGGACCCCCGCAACCUGCAGGAGUUCUGCUCUGACCCCCACGCCGUAGCAGGUGCCCUCAAGUCCUAUCUGCGGGAGCUGCCCGAGCCCCUGAUGACCUUUGACCUCUAUGACGAUUGGAUGAAGGCAGCCAGCCUGAAGGAGCCCAGAGCCCGGCUGGAGGCCCUCCAGGAGGUGUGCGGCCGCUUGCCCCAGGAGAACUUCAGUAACCUCAGGUACCUGAUGAAGUUCCUGGCACGUCUGGCCGAGGAUCAGGAGGUGAACAAGAUGACACCCAGCAACAUCGCCAUCGUCCUGGGGCCCAACCUGCUGUGGCCCCCGGAGAAAGAAGGGGACCAGGCCCAGCUGGACGCAGCCUCAGUGUCGUCCAUCCAGGUGGUGGGCGUGGUGGAAGCUCUGAUACAAAAUGCCGACACCCUCUUCCCUGGAGACAUCAACUUCAACGUGUCCGGCCUGUUCCCAGCCCCCACCCCCCAGGACAAGGUCAGCGAUAGGCCCGCCUCUGAGGAGCUGCCAGCCAUUGCCGUGCCGGCCCCGGCCCCGGCCCCAGCUCCUACCCUGGCCCCAGUGCCUCCCAAGGAAAGCCAAACGCCCAGCACCAGCCCGGCCCACCAUGCCACCGCCCCAGGUCUCCAGCACCCGCUCCUCCCCUCCGGCCCCAUCCCUGUCCCCUGCCUCUGGCAGUCCUGUGAUCCCCCGGGCUCUGCCUCGCCGUCUGGUUGGCAGCAGCCUCCUGUCCGGCGCCAGAGCCGGCGUUCACCAGCCUCCCCCGGCCAGACCUCCCCAGGUCCAGCCUCCCCCAGCCCGGUCUCUCUGAGCAUGCCUGCCCAGGUGGACCUGGGGGAGGCCACAGAGGAUGGGGGGGGCCCUGAGGCUGUGGACGGCACCCCCACUCCCACAGCUGUGCCCCCUCAGCCUCGGCCCAGGAGUCUUGCCUCAGAGACCGACUGAACGGGUGGCCCCUCCCCAAGAGCCCUCAGUGUCCCCUCCCCUCCAACCUGUCCUCCCAGGACACAGCCCUCACCCCUCCCGAGAGGUGGGGGCCUCCAGCCUUUGCCUACAAGUGCCUCGGUGCCCGCUGGGUCGGCCCCCACGGCAAGGAGGGCUCCGGACAGCCCUCCACUUCCAGUCCUUUCCCUCUUGGGUCCACCUUGGCCUUGGGCUCAGCCCACCCCCCCACUCUCCGGCAAGGUCCCAGGGGAGCCACCAGGAGGAAGGAGAGCUUGCUUGCUCCUACGAGGACUUUGAUUUUUUCUCUUGACAACAUAUUUUUUGUAAGGCAGGUAAAUAAAUUAUUUUGGACAAAACUGGAGCAGCUGCCCAAAAGAUAGCUUUAUUUUCUGUACUCGAAAUAAAGACGCCACUUUCAUAAAGGGGAAAUUUAGCUAUU